GCCGAGCGAGCCCUCAAGCCUCGGGACUGCGGCGGGGGAUGCCAAAAUGAGAAGGUGCUGCGAGGGCGUCGGGCUGCCCUGCCUGUUUAAGGGCGUGGGCAUGGCCAGCCCUCCGCCUCCGAAAUACCUGCUCGUCUUCGACUUCGACGAGACCAUCGUCAACGAGAACAGCGACGACUCCGUCAUCCGGGCCGCGCCGGGCCGGGAGCUUCCCGAGCGCCUCCGGCAGAGCUUCCGCGACGGCUUCUACAACGAGUACAUGCAGCGCGUGCUGGCCUACCUGGGCGACCAGGGCGUCAAGAUGGGCGACUUCAAGGCUGUCUAUGAGAACAUCCCCCUGUCCCCCGGCAUGCCCGAGCUCUUCCAGUUCCUCUCCAAGAACCAGGAGACGUUCGAGAUGAUCCUCAUCUCCGAUGCCAACAUGUUUGGCAUCGAAUGCGCUCUCAGGGCGGCUGGUGUCUACUCCCUCUUCCGCAAAAUCUUUAGCAACCCGUCUGGCUUUGACAAGCGGGGUUAUUUAACCCUGGGGCCCUAUCACAGUCACAAGUGCCUUGAGUGCCCGGCCAACAUGUGCAAGCGCAAAAUCCUCACGGAGUAUCUGGCCGAAAGAGCCCAGGAGGACGUGGAGUUUGAGAGGGUCUUUUACGUUGGUGACGGUGCCAAUGACUUCUGCCCUUCUGCCACGUUGACUUCGAGCGAUAUUGCUUUCCCUCGGAAGGGCUACCCCAUGCACCAGAUGGUGCAAGAGAUGGAGAAGAAGCAGCCUGGAGCCUUCCAGGCCACUGUUGUAGCCUGGGAAUCAGCAACAGAAGUUGCCCAGAGUCUCCAGGAGGUCCUCAAGAAAAAAUGUUGAGGGCGGCUGGAAAGGGACUCGCUUGCCAUAGCGAGGGGAGGGAGAUGUUCCAGGGUUCUCCUACCUGGCACUCACCUGGCAGCACUUCUCGCUCCAAAUCCCGCUCCGCGGUCUCCUCCCUUGCCCUCUUCCCUUUCCCCUCAGCCAGCCUCCCUUUUCCCCCGUAACUCUCGAGCACUUUCUCCAGUCCCACCUCUCCCCUCGGGAAUGAGAUGCCAUCUCCUCUAUGCAGCUCGCACAUCUGCUCCUGCGUGCGUGUUUGGUGACACUAACGUCUUCCCCGUCCCGCCGGACUUCGCAAGAGCUCGUCUUAAACGCAGGGCCCCGCAGGCGGGAGCUCGUCCGGCUCCUGCUCCACAUCCUGCUCCCGCGGCUCCUUUGGGGCCCCUCUGGUCCUUAGCAGGAUCUGCCGGUUCUGGCCUUGAACCUGCA